AUGGCAACCAGUCUUAGAGAUGUUACCAAAAAGAGAAUAUUGGAUGAAAUCAUUAGAACUAUAACACCAGAUUCAAAUAAUGGAUGGAAAGCAUUGGUUGUAGAUCAAGAUGCAUUACGUAUUAUUUCAGCAUGUUGCCAAAUGUACGAUAUUACAGAGGAGAAGAUUACUGUCGUCGAAAAGAUAGAGAACCAACCACGUCAAAGAUUACCAUCGGUUGAAGCAAUCUACUUUAUCACUCCUACCACCAAAUCAAUCGAUCUCUUAAUCAAUGACUUUAAAAAGAAACUAUAUCCUCAAUACAAAGCAAUUCAUUUGUUUUUAACUUCAAAGUUGCCAGAUUCUGAAUUCAAGAAAUUAUCAGCAUCCAAUGCAGUACAAAGAAUUAUUACCUUUAAAGAAAUGAAUAUUGAAUUCUUGGCAAAUGAAUCACAAGUAUUCCAUUUUGAUCAAAAACAUACCAUCCCAACUUUAUUCAUGCCAGAUGCUCCAAAUCAAAUUGAAGAACAAGCUAAAAUUGCUACUAGAUUGGUAUCAUUAUGUGUAUCAUUGGGAGAAUAUCCAAUUAUUAGAUAUUCACGUAAUAAUCCAGUUAGUGCAGUGAUUGCAGGUAUGACACAAGAGAGAAUGGAUCAUGCAGCUAGAAACUCAAAGAAUUGGAAUCCAAGUGACGAGAGAGGAACAUUAUUGAUUUUGGAUAGAAGUCAAGACCCAAUUGCUCCAUUGCUUCACGAAUUCACCUAUCAAGCUAUGAUUUAUGAUUUGUUCAAGAUUGAAAACGAUCGUUUCUCUUACGACUCGACCUCUCAAUCGGGUACAGCUCAGAAAAAGGAGGCUCUCCUUAGCGAUCAUGAUUACAUGUGGACUGGACUUCGUCAUAAACAUAUUGCUGAUGUCAUUGAAUAUCUUAAAACUCGUUUAGAUGAAUUCUUGAGAACUAAUCAAGUUACUCAAUAUACUCAACAAAAUACAGGAUCAUUAAAAGAAGCAAGUGAUGUAAUUAGAAAUUUACCACAAUACCAAGAGAUCAUGUCAAAAUAUUCUACCCAUAUUAAUCUUGCUGAACAAUCAUCACAAAAAUUCACAGAAGAUAUGGCUAAUCUUGCCUAUUUGGAACAAGAUAUGGCAACUGGUGAAGAUGCCAAAGGUAGUUCACCAAAGAAUAUUGUUGGUAGAUUAUCUUCUUUCCUUUCUGAACAAAGAAUUGAAAAAAAUGAUAAGAUUAGAUUAUUAAUGAUGUAUAUUAUAUCACAAGAAGGUAUUAAAGAUGUUGAUCGUAAAAAAUUGAUGGAUUUGGCAAUGUUGAAUCAACAGGAGCAAUCGGCUAUUGCCAACCUCUACUACUUGGGUGUCACAUUGAUGAAGGGUGCCAAGGCCAAGGCAAAGACCAACAUUCAAAAGCAACGCAAGCAAGAGACUGGUAGUGUCCCAUACGAAGUAUCUCGUUAUGUGCCAGUGGUCAAAGACAUUGCAGAGAAUCUUAUCAACGACACCCUCCAAGACACUGAUUUCCCAUUUGUCCGUGACACACCCAUCGCCAAAACCACUGCCGCCCCAGUAUCAAAGGUAUCACUCAAGGGCAAGAGCAACCAACCACGUUGGGCCGAUCCAGCCGUCCAAGUCGAAGAGACCAAAUACACUGGCAGCAAGUUGAUCAUUUUCAUUGCUGGUGGUGUUACCUAUUCGGAAAUGCGUUCCAUCUAUGAACUAUCUACCUACUAUAAGAGAAAUAUUUAUAUUGGUUCAACUGGUAUCCUCUUACCAAAUGAUUUCAUCGAUGAUGUUUAUAAUUUAAAAAGGGAUCCAUAA